AUGGAGAAGGUAAAGUGGAACUUCAAGGAAAAGGAACUCCAAAGGGUUUGGGCUACAAUCGCUGAUGGAGUGUACUCUUCCUCAAGGUCCAAGGCAGCUCAGAUCAGGAGCCCAGUCUUGAGAUAUGUGCACAAGGCACUUGCCAACACCUUCUUUGCAAGGAAGGCACCGGGACAAUCAACGAGGGGGAACUCAAGUUUCUUGACAUGGGAAUCAAGCCCAUUCUCUCACGCACAAGCGAUGGCAAGAGGAUCAGGGGAGAUAGAUCACACAGGGAACUUGAUGCCUUUCCUUGACCAUCUCCUCACCUACAAGAUCACAGCCUACAACACUAGACAUCAACGAGGGAAGGCGCUAAGUGUUGGAGGGCUCAUCACACCUAUCUUGUGUGCUGCUGGAGUGAACCCAACUGAUAGAGAGCCACUGAACCAGUUCACACAUCCAUUGGUUGGACCCUCCAAGCUUCUCCUGCCCAACCCAGAGCUCACCACAGUAGUAAGGGGUGAGAACAUUGAUUUCAGACCCCCUGUGUACACAUUAGUUGGGCAUGAGGAUGAUUUGCGAGAAGAGGAGCCUGAGCUCGAUCGAGCUGAGGAUCGAGCCAGGAGAGCGCGGAUUUGGGGAAAGCCAUGGAAAGAUGCAAAAGUCCAUGGACAAGAUGGUGAGCAAGAUCAAGAGUUUGGAGAAGAAGGUUUCUGGUUCUUCAAGCAAGAAGAAGAAGGCACCCAUGGCCCACUUUCCCUAGGAGUAGAUCACUCCUCACCACUCCAAGGAGGCUCCCUGCCCAAGAGCCUCACAGAGCCUCUUCUUUCGAGCCAAGGGAAGGAGAAGACAACACGCAGAGAAGGAGGAAGACUUCCAAGGCCAGACGCUCCAGCUCGACCACCGGACUCGAUCGAGUCCAAACAGAGGAAACUCAACUCGAUCGAGCUGAGACCCUGGACUCCCUACAACCGCUUCCACCAAGGCCAAGGAGCCACACACACUUCGAUGAAGAAGAGGAAGAAGAGGAGCCGCAAGCUCGAUCGAGUGAGGAACCCAGUCGAGUGGAGUGCUCCUGAUGGCCGUCUACCAUCUCCAGACCACGACCUUGCCUCCCAGUUCUUUGGGGGGCACUGA